CGUGCCGAAUAUCCGUGGAGCGCAAUGACGCGAAUCUCCGGGGCGUUUGAGGCUGGAAGCCGUACAAUGUAGUAGACGCCGAUCCGUGGGGAAGCCCUACGUCUUCAUCUGUCCGGGACCGAGCAGGCAGAGCCGUCCGAUGGAUCGCUGGAUUGCCCUCUCUUGCCUGGUUGUCGGUGUUUUGACGCGGACGGCGGCCGCUCAGAAUGAUCUACCUGAGACAGUGUCCAACUGCUGUGAGGGGGAUGUCGUCUUCCUGUUGGACUCCUCGGGCAGUGUGUCCUCCUAUGAGUACCACCACAUGCUGGAUUUCCUUUCCAAACUGCUGAGGCCCUUCCUGCUGGGGCCUGGGCAGGUACAGGUAGCCCUGCUACAGGUGGGCAGCAGCCCACGCAUGGAGUUCGGCUUCGAGGCCCACAGCACGCAGCACAGACUACAGGAAGCGCUGCGCUCCACCAAGCAGCUAAAAGGCGACACCAACACCGUGGAGGCACUGAGGCAUCAGGAUCAGCUACUGGUGCCGGGAGAGUCCGGCGGGGCCCGGAAGGGCGUCCCCAGGGUUCUGGUGUGGCUGACAGACGGCGUGAACCCUGGCCCCAUCGAGGGCCCUAUGGAAGAGCUGCAAAACAAUAACGUGUCUGUGUUGGUGGUGUCCACGGGUCAUGGGGGCUACCGACUGCUGCAGAAGGUGGUGACCCCUCCCUUGGAGACACACCUGCAGGUUGUGGAUGUGGAAUUCAUGGACCUGAUCACCCAGGAUUUCAGGAACGCCAUCAUUGAGCUGAUUCGCGCAGAACGGCUGCAGGUUCGAGACGUGACCUCCCGCACGGCGGUCCUGCAGUGGCGGCCAGUCCUGAGCGGCGGCGACGGCCGCUAUGAGCUGCACUUUGGGCAGGUCCUAACACCGGGGGCGGAGCACGAGGGGGGCCCUAACACCAGUGCCAGCACUGGAACUGCAGUAUACAAACGGGUCUUGCUCCCCGCCAGUGCCUCGCAGACCACUAUCACUGACCUGCAGCCAAACACCAAGUACAUGGCUACAUUGAUGAUGCACCCCAGUCACCCAGCCAACAGAUCCCUCUCCAUCAACUUCAUCACCAAACCUGAGGUGCUAAGUCCAACUGUUGUCAUGGUUUCCGAGCGUGGGACCCGGGGCGUGAGGUUACAAUGGGGGCCACAGCAGCCUGAAUCUGUGCAGCUGUACCGAGUGGAAUACGGGGCUCUGCCCAGGGGACCGGUUCAGAUUGUUACACUGGAUCGUCUCCAGGACUCCGCAGAACUAUCUGGGUUGCAGCCCGAUACAGAGUACCUGAUCACUGUCAGUGCACAACAUUCCUCCGGCCAGGAGAGGGCGAUGUCCAUCAAGGUCUGCACUCAGGAGGAGCUUCCUGCCUUAUCUGAUCUGCAGCUGACGACGGUGGGAAGUAAAUCGGUGCAGGUUCGCUGGUCAGGGGCUGCAGAGGGGCUGCAGGGGUACUGGCUGAGCUGGCAGGGAGAGGACUACAGCUAUUCUGGGCACACCUCCUCCCGGUACUUGCCUGCCAGCUCCCUCACUACACUGCUCACCAACCUGGUGCCCGCCAGCCGCAUCUGUGUGUCCCCCGUGUACAGGACAGCACGCGGGGAAGGACUCUGCUGCACUGCACAGCUGCACUUGCACGGCAACUAGGAACUCCAGGAAGGAGCCUGCUGUGGGCCAUGAAGAAGGGAAAAAGAGAAAGUCCUACUCCCACAGCUGUCAAAGCAGGAAAAAUUUGACCCCCCAUCUGUGCGCUCAAACCACAUCUGACUCUGAUGUUUUUUCCUCUUUAAAAACAACCAUCAUGCGAGCUGCAUGUCCAAACUCGGAACCAAACACAACAUGAAUCACAGGCCUGACGCUUUAUGCCACAGAGCUUAAUAUUUGCAGUGAUUUAAACCAAGGCCUCAAAUUAAAAUUAGUGUUGACAGUGUGAACAGCCCAUGUCUGCUCUGACGACUGUAAAACAAUGGUUGCAGUGGUCUGUUAGCCACAAAGGGAGCAAACAGGGACCAUGAUCCCGGUUCAUUUCCUCGGCUUCACAGUCUGCUUCUUCUCUGGCGAUUUCCCGAUUGCGCCCCGAAAGACAACUUUUGGAACCUGACUUGCUUACAGUAAAGGGAAACGCUGCUGAGCUGGUGGGCAGGAUUGGCCGGUGGCUUGCGAUUAAAUACAGCUGAAUAUUCAUUAACCGGCAUCCUGCCCGGGGUAUCCCCUAGCCUCAUGCCCUGUGCUGCCUGGGAUGCAUGCCAGCCCCACCCUGCCAUCUAUUCCAUCUAUUCAUGGAUAAAAAAUUAAUUACAGCAGUUAAAAUCAUCUGACUCAGGUUUACAAAAGGGAAAAAAUUAUCAGCUGGGAUUUACACAGUCUAUCACUUUAACCAUUGCACAAAUAGCCCUCCCCCCACAGUCUCCAUCUAUCGUACUUAUCUCUAAAAGGUUUUCUACAUUAAAUAUUUACAGAUUUAUAGGUAAUAUGAAUAGUGUUUGAAUUAUGCCAGGGGAUCGAGGAGUCCAUCCUCUCUUAUAUUAAAUGUCCUCUUCAAGCAGCUACUUUGGAUUUGGUUUAACAAGUGGAAAGAACCCCCGUCUUCUUCAUAAACCUUAAAUCGAAUAUUCGCUCUGUUUAAUAUUAUUAACAGUUCGUAAAAUUUCUCUAUUUGUACAUACAUAAACAUACAAGUUAGCGCUACCUAUUAACUCCUAAUCAAUCGUUCGUUAUCGCGCGUAUGCUGCCCUCUGUUGGUUACAUCUUAAUACUACUGCAAAACGGCAUGACGCACGCGUCAACAUUUUUUACCCAAAGAAAGACAAACUCAGCUUUUUAACCAAUUUCGUGCUGAUUCCGUUCAGUAUAUUUAAAAUGUAUUACACAAGUCUCUUCCUCCAAAACAAAAUGUCUAUUUUUAUACAUUUCUCCAUUUGUAUUGUCCUUGAGCUGUUAUGUGGGUUUGAAGCGCAAACGAGAACAAGUUUAUGGAAAAAUAUAUAUAUUUUUGAAUGGCUCCUAAAAUAUGAUGUGAUCUUCCUCUAUGUAAUAAUAGUAAAUAAAUACAAUCUUAUUUAACAAAUAUUUAAAAUAUCUCUAUUUAACAAAAAAAGAAAAAUUAAGCGACUCUAUACUGAGUAUCUCAUAAUCAGAGUUAGGUGUCCAUCCAUCCAUUUUCCAAACUGUUUAUCCUUCUGGGUCACAGGGAGUCCAGAGCCUAUCCCGGAAGCAAUGGGCACAAGGCAGGGAACAACCCAGGAUGGGGGGCCAGCCCAUUGCAGGGCACACUCACACACCAUUCACUCACACAUGCACACCUACGGGCAAUUUAGUAACUCCAAUUAGCCUCAGCAUGUCUUUGGACUGUGGGGGGGAAACCGGAGUACCCGGAGAAAACCCCACGACGACAUGGGGAGAACAUGCAAACUCCACACACAUGUGAUCCAGGCAGAGACUCGAACCCGGGUCCCAGAGGUGUGAGGCAACAGUGCUAACCACUGCACCACCAUGCCACCCCAGAGUUAGGUGUUUCAAUUAAAUAAAGUAUAGGUGUGAGAUACAAACACACACACAAACACACAUACAGAGCCCAAUGCAAAAAUCCUGGGCAGUCAAAGAAAGUGUUUAAAUGAUCUUCAUGUUGAUGUAAGAUAUUGCCUGUCAAAGUGAGGAAUCUGCUUAGCCGAUUCAGAACCUCUCCUAAAGUCACCACAGUAUUUACAGCAACCAUCCAACACACACACGUGUAUUAUUUGACUGGACCACUAGCACACCAUGUUGGGCUAAUGAAUACCUCAUUGAGUUUACUAAUUAAGUUGAUUGAUUCAAAGAGCUGCUGGUGAAAUUUAAUGAAUACAUGUAAUGGCUGAGGUCUGCAUUUAGCUAUCCAACAUGAUCUUUUUGGAGAAUAUUGGAAAUUCUUUUGACUUUUUUUAUUGUGUUAUUCUUAAAUUACAUAUGUUUUAAUAUUAAAUUGUGUUUUCUUUAUGAGCAAAUAUACACAUACUACCUAAAUACAUGCUUUAACCAUUUUCUUUGACUGUCUAAGACUUUACGAUUCUCUACAACUGAACUCUGUUAAAGUGCAAUUUGGCCUGAUCAAGAGAGAUUAUAGAGGAUCUCAUAAGAAGAGUUGCUUUUGUCCAAAGCAACACACAAGGAUGAGAGAGCAGGGUUAGCCAAUGUCCCUGGAAAAAUUAGGGGCUAAUGGCCUUGCUCAAGGGCCCAAUGGUGACAUCACUCUGCUGAACAUGGGAUUUGAACUGGUGACCUUUUGAUCACAGUCCUAACCUGCAAGGCCACCCCCACUGACCUCAAUCACUCCCCGGUCAACUAGAUAAUUUACAAAUGGAAGUAAUUCUACAGCAGAAUGUCAAGGUGUCUGUGAUCUAAAGCUCUAAAGAUGUUACGUCAUGCGCCAUGACAGUGAUACAAAAAGCAGGAGUAAAUCAACAACAGAGUGGUUGAAACAGAAUACAUUACAUGGGUAUGAUUGGAAGCCUCACCAGGAAAAGUGGAAGGAAAUGAGAUGAGGUGAAAACAGCCAAGUAAGGAUGCUGACUUCAAUUCCAUUGAAAUGUUGUGCCAUGGUCAAGCAAAACAUUACAAAAAACAUAAACUGAAAGUUUUGUAUAGAAGAAUGGGCCAAAGUGCAUCCUGUUUGUUGUAGAUAUCAGGUUAACAAUUACGGAAGGUGUUUGGUUGAGGUUAUUGACAAUUAAGUAGAUUCCACUAUGACUAUUUAAAUGAUUUGCCCAGUAAUGAUACGGUAAUGUGACACACUGCGUGACAUUGUUAAAUUAUUAUGACUUAAGAUUGGGUCACAAUUUUGACUUGGGGUUCAUCCUGAAAUUAUCAUAAUUACAAAGGGCUGACAAACUAAUGCAAAUAAAUAACAAAUAAUGAGCGCCA